GUCACCCUCAAUAGAAAACGGCUAAACCCUUUGCCAAAAUACAAGACACACCAACCCGCAGCCGCGGCACUUGAAUUAACAGAAAACUCUCAUCUGCCGCUGUCCGUCCCACUUUUUUCGCCCAACCAUGGCCACCCUGUCGCUAAAGAUCAGCGUUGUUGGCAGCAAUGUAGUGAAAACAAUGCAGUUUGAUCCUUCUACCAUCGUUUUCGAUGCUUGCCACAUCAUCCGAGAGAAAAUAGCCGAUGCUAUCGGCAACGACAAAAAACCUGCUGAAUAUGGUCUCUUCCUGGCCGACGAUGAUCCAAAAAAAGGCACAUGGUUGGAACCAAGCAAAUCUUUAGAAUAUUUUCUGCUGAGAAAUGGGGACCUUGUGGAAUACAAAAUGAAACACCGCAUAUUAAAAGUCCGGACAUUGGAUGAUAUAAUAAAGACAUUAAAAGUUGAUGACAGCUGUCCUAUUGGCAUGUUAAUGGUGACCAUUUGUACCAGACUAGGAAUUACAAAUCAUGAAGAAUACUCUUUGGUACGCGAGCUGCCGGAAGAGGAAAAAGAAAAAACAAUGACCCUGAAGAGAGACAAAUCCAUCGCUAAGGACCAGAAAAAACUCGAAGAGAUGAGACGAAAGCUACACACAGAUGAUGAUGUAAAUUGGUUGGACCAUUCCAAGACAUUGAGAGAACAAGGAAUCGAACACAAUGAAAUCUUGCUUCUUCGACGGAAGUUUUUCUUCUCCGAUCAAAACGUUGAUGCACGGGAUCCAGUACAGCUGCAGUUGCUGUAUGUGCAGUGCCGUGAUGGUAUCAUAGAUGGAACCCACCCAGUCACACAAACAGAAGCCCUACAGUUUGCAGGCCUUCAAUGUCAGAUCCAGUUUGGUAAUUAUGUAGAAAGUAAACACAAACCUGGCUUCUUAGAACUUAAAGAAUUCCUCCCCAAAGAAUAUAUCAAAAUAAAAGGGAUUGAAAAGAAGAUAUUUCAGGAACACAAAACUCAGAAUGGUUUAUUGGAUGUUGAAGCCAAAGUGAAAUAUACGCAAUGCUGCCGAAAUCUCAAGACGUAUGGAAUCACAUUCUUCUUAGUCAAGGAAAAAAUGAAAGGAAAAAAUAAACUGGUUCCUCGAUUACUUGGAAUCACCAAAGAAAGUGUUGUCAGAAUGGAUGAAAAAACUAAAGAAAUUAUCAUGACGUGGCCCCUCACAGCACUAAAGCGAUGGGCACCAUCCCCGAAUAGUUUUACCCUGGAUUUAGGGGACUAUUCUAAUGAAUAUUACUCAGUUCAAACGACGGAGGGGGAGCAAAUUUCACAACUCAUUUCUGGAUAUAUUGAUAUUAUCAUGAGAAAGAAAAAGGCUAAAGACCAUUUGGGCAUCGAAGGUGACGAGGUGUCCUCCAUGUACGAAGACAGGGUCACCCCUGCCCAAGCCUUUAUCAUUAAACAUGUUGAUUCUAAAGUCGAUCACCCAAGUUCGGGCAACGUAGCUAUUCCCGCUGUCAUCCGUGAUGCUAUGCCUGAAGGUGGCACGAUUUCUGUCGGCACAUUUGGUCGUGCCGAAUUUGGUGAAACCUCCAGUCCUAUGUUCCCGGGACAAGCUCCAGUUCAGAGUCAGAGUGUCCGCGAAGUUAUCCUUAGUAAGGCCCAGAAGGCCCUAUUAACCACUAUUAAGGAGGGGUUGGAUAAUAUUGACUAUGCUAGAACUGAGCUUGCGAAAAAAGCUGAUUUGCCUGAGCUUGGCUCUGAUGCGGCUUCAAAGAAAUGGGCUGAGAACGAGUUAGAUCUUUCGAAGCAAAAGGUCACCGCGCAGUUGUCAGCUAUGGGGGCCGCUACCGCACAACUUGUGAGUCUCACUAAUGUCCAGGAAGAGCACGAUGCCACAGCACUCGGAGCUGCAAUCCAUACAAUUUCUUCAAACAUGAACGAGUUUUCACACGAUGUUCGUAUGCUGGCCGCACUGCAGGGGGAAGGCAGUGGUAACAAGUUACUGGAUGCUGCCAAGCUUCUAGCUGGUGCCUUCUCUGAUCUCCUCAAUGCAGCGCAACCAGGAACAAGAGGGCCGAACCAGAAUAUAGUGACAGCUGCCCACAAGGUGGGUGAUGCUAGCCAUGACAUUAUGAAGGGUGUCGCAGAAGGUGGAGAACUGGACCAUUCCUUCCAAGACACUCUAUUGGCCUUGGCAAAAGCUGUUGCCAACGCUACGGCAGCACUGGUCCUGAAAGCCAAAGAUGUGUCUCGCAAGUGUGAAGACCAGGCUCUUCAGAACAAGGUGAUCAAUUCGGCGACCCAGUGUGCCCUGGCAACAUCUCAACUUGUUGCCUGUGCCAAGGUUGUUGCACCAACAAUCAGUAACCCAGCCUGCCGCGACCAGUUGUUCGAUGCAGCGAAACAAGUUGCAAAUUCUGUGGAUGGAAUCGUUGAGGCUGCAAUGUUUGCCUGCAAAGAUGAGCAUCUGCUGAGCGAUUUAGGAGAAGCAGCAACAGCAGUUACCAAGGCACUUAAUGAUCUCCUUCAACAUGUCAAGAUGGGGACAGGCAGUGGUGAGGGUGGCCAGAAUGAACAAGCUGUUGACACCAUACUAACAGCAACAGACCGACUUUUCAGCAGUGUCGGUGAUGCGCACGAGAUGGUGAAACAAGCGAAAAUGUUGGCACAGGCAACUUCGCAACUGGUCUGUGCCAUUCGAUCCCAAGCGGAGUCCUACCAAGACACGGACAUCCAGAAAAGACUGUUGGCUGCCGCUAAGCAACUAGCAGAUGCCACAGCCAAAAUGGUGGAGGCUGCAAAAGGAUGUGCCUCCAAUCCGAACGAUUCCAGCCAGCAAGGUAACCUUCGUAUUGCAGCUGAAGAACUUCGCUCAGCCACCAAUGCUGCUGCCAGCAACGCCCUGAAGAAAAAACUCAUCAACAGAUUAGAAAACGCAGCCAAGCAAACUGCGGCCGCAUCUGUGCACCUGAUUAGUGCAGCAAAUACAGCUGGCAAAUCAAACUCCAAUUCUGUAUCUCAGCAGCAUCUGCACUUUGAAUGCAAGGCUGUAUCAGACCAAAUGUCUUCUAUUGUGCAAGGCGUGAAAGCCACAACACAAAACCCUGAAAAUCCUGCCAGUCAGUUAAACCUAAUCAAUGCCUGUCAGAAUUUCAUACAGCCCUGUGCUAAAUUGAUAGAUGCCAGUAACGCUGCACUCCCAACGGUCACAGAUCCCUCGGCGGCCCUCAAUCUCACAAACGGUGUCAAAUCUCUCUCUUCAGCUCUUGCUGAACUUCGAUCUUGUACAGGAAAGGCCACCGAUAUGUGCCGAUACCUCGAACUCGACAGUGCUAUUGAAGAACUAAGUCACAUUGACCUUGAACUUGAAGAUAUUCUCAACACAGCAAGGAAUGGCAAAUUAGUUCCAUUACCAGGAGAAACGGCGGAGUCUGCAGUGUCUCUCCUUGGCUCCACAUCAAAAACAGUUGGCUCUUCUAUGGCCCAGCUCUUGACUGCCACUGUACAGGGUAACGAAAACCACACCAGUUUGGCAGCUCGUGACACCGCCAACGCCUUGCGGAAGUUUGCUUCUGCAGUUCGUGCCGUUGCGGCCACAACAGAAGAGAAGGCCUUACAAGAGCUAAUCAUCAACAAUGCUCGUGACAUCAUUGAGAAGUCCAAACUGUUAUUGGACGAAGCCAAACAGGCUGUCAACACUCCAAAGAACCCAGAAACGCAACAGAGAUUGGCUCAAGUAGCCAAAAGUGUGUCCAACGCCUUAAACAACUGCCUGAACUGUUUGCCUGGUCAAAGAGAUGUUGAUAAUGCCAUCCGAGGCAUCACAGAGUCCAGCCAGGCUCUUUCAACCUCACAGAUCCCAGAGACCAACAGAUCAUACCAGGAGGCCCAGGGCGAAAUGAACCAAGCGGCCGUGAAUUUGAACCAAGCAGCCAGCGACAUAGUGACCACGUCGCGCGGCACUCCACAGCAGCUUGCCUCCUCGUCCAACCGUUAUGGACACGCCUACAAGGACUUUGUGGACAGCGGUCUAGUUAUGGCUGGCGUCACGAAGGACAGUGACACCCAAAUGCAGAUAAUCGGAGGACUGAAAAGUGUGUCCACAGUGUCCAGCAAGUUACUUGUCGUGGCUAAGUCUGUGUCAGCAGACCCCAACGCGCCAAACGCGAAGAACCUACUUGCACAAGCUGCCAGGGCAGUAACUGACAGCAUUAACCAACUCAUAAACAUUUGUACCGUAUCAGCACCAGGACAAAAGGAAUGCGAUAAUGCUUUGCGGCAAAUCCAGAUGAUGCGUAGCCUGCUCGAAGUUCCCAACGAACCAGUCAGCGACCACUCGUACUACGAGUGUCUGGAGUCAGUCAUGCAGAUAUCAAGGACUGUCUCCACUAAGGAACUCCAGUCUCUUGGCGAUGCCAUGACAGGAAUAUCAAAUGAUGCCAAGAAAGCUGACACGGAUGGGUUCUGCGAGGCCGUCAGAAACUUCUCCUCAUCCAUUAAUGGCCUGACUGAAGCUGCUGCUCAGUCUGCCUACUUGGUUGGUAUCGCUGACCCGGCCUCUGAGCCUGGACACGCUGGUCUUGUUGACCAAUCCCAGUUCGCUCGAGCGAACCAAGCGAUCCAGACAGCGUGUCAAAACCUCACUUAUCCAGCAAGAUCCCACUCAGAGUAUUACGCUUCCUGGAACAGCCGUGCCAUGGUCCUCUCUGCUGCUACUGUUGUUGCUAAACACACAUCUGCCCUAUGUAAUGCCUGCCGACUAGCAUCGUCAAUGACCAGCAACCCUGUAGCUCGGCGCCACUUCGUUCAGGCUGCCAAAGAAGUUGCCAACAGCACUGCCAACCUGGUAGCUGCUAUCAAGAACCUCGACAUUGAUUUCACUGAAGAAAACCGCCAAAACUGUGCAAAAGCUGCAGUGCCCCUCCUCAAGGCUGUUGACGAAUUGACUUGUUUUGCUUCUUCACCUGACUUUGCAAGUGUCCCCGCUAAGAUCAGUACAGAGGCUCAAAAAGCUCAAGAACCAAUCACUUUGGCCGGCAUGUCAAUGAUAGACGGUGCCUGCCAUAUGCUCCAAGCUGCUAAGCAACUGGCUGUCAACCCCAAAGAUCCUUCAACCUACCAGUUGUAUUCUAACCAUUCCAAGAGUGUCUCUGAUGCCAUGAAGAAGUUGGUAUCUUCUAUAAAGGACAGCGCCCCUGGACAGAAAGAAUGCGAUGAGGCGAUCAAGCAACUGGAACGUAUCAUCCGGGAAUUGGACCAGGCGUACAUGUUGGCCACGAGCCAGAAAAUGGUCGAUCACAACGAGAAGACGCUGCAAGGUUAUCAGGAGCAGAUGCUGCACUGCCUCUGUCCCAUCAUCGAGAAAGUGGACAAUAUUUGCAAUGUAGCGAAAUCUGAAGCACAGAAUCUCGGUCACAUGAUCUCAUUCUUGACCAAUUACCUCGGGCCCCUGGCAGAAGGUGCCAUUGGCGCCGCAUCCAAAAUGAUGAACUCGAAACAACUGUUAUCAACACUGGAUUUUACUAAAACUGUACUGGAAUCUGCUCUGCAGUUUAUAUAUGCCUGCAAGGAAGGGGGAGGUAACCCAAAGGCGGAGAAAGCCCAUGCCCAGAUUGAUGAGACAGGAACCGGUCUGAAAGAUGUCCUGCAAGAUUUACUUCAGAUGAUUGAAGAAGCUGCAUCGCAGGCCGGUGUUGUAAGCAAUAUGAUAGACAGCAUAACUAAAUCUAUGGCGGAGACUGAUCUCAACCUAGAUGUGACUGAUGGCAAGUCCUAUGUAGAUUACCAAACCAGUAUGGUGCGUCUCGCUCGACAGAUUGCCAGCUCAGCUCAAGACAUGCUUGGAAAGAAUGAAACAAACAUAUCAGAACUUGGGGCUUUGGCCAACAAAUUGACCAGAGAUUAUCGUCAGCUAGCAAGCAAUUCUCGCGGUGCAUGCAUGACUGCUAACAGCCCUGAGGUGACAAACCGUAUCAAGACAUCAGUCAUUGAACUGGGCAAGAGCUGUAUAUCCCUGGCGCAAGAUGCAGGAAGCAUGCAGUCGAACCCCUCGGACGAGUUCUGUAAGCGGGACCUGAAUGCACACGUGAAAGAGGUUACUGAAAAGGCUUCUUAUGUUCUGGCAUCUCUACAAUCUGGGUCUCGAGGUACCCAGGCUUGUAUCAAUGCUGCCAGCACUGUAAGUGGCAAUGGAGACCUCAACACCACAAUAAUGUUUGCGACAGCUGGGACCCUGAAUACAGAGGACGAAGAGAACUUCACAGAUCACAAAGAGAACAUCUUAAAGACAGCAAAGGCCCUGGUUGACGACACCAAACUCUUGGUCGCUGGUGCUGCCUCCAACCAAGAACAGUUAGCUAAUGCAGCCCAGAUGGCCGUCAAAACCAUAACACAGUUAUCAGACGUUGUGAAAUUAGGGGCCGCCUCCCUUGGAUCUGACCAACCAGAAGCACAGGUUUUGUUGAUAAAUGCUGUCAAAGAUGUCGCCUCUGCCCUUGCCGAUCUUAUUAGCGCCACGAAAAACGCUUCUGGCAAAAAUGUGUCUGAUCCCGCUAUGGGUAGUUUAAAGGAUUCCGCUAAGAUCUCUGGCGUCGUUGCUUCUGCUGCAGAGACAAUGGUAACCAAUGUCACUUCUCUCCUUAAAACGGUGAAAGCCGUUGAAGACAAGACGCAAAGAGGUACAAGAGCUCUAGAGUCAACCAUUGAAGCUAUUAGCCAGGAACUCCGAGUGUAUCAGUCCCCAACUCCGCCUGACCAGAAAGCUUCAGCCGAAGAUCUGAUACAGUACACAAAGCCUAUCACCACGGCAACGACCAAAGCUGUUGCCGCCGGAAACUCAGGGAACCAGGAUGAUGUUAUAGUGGCAGCCAACAUUGGACGCAGGGCCAUCUUUGAUCUUCUCAAUGUUUGCAAAGCUGCUUCCUUUACCGGAGAGACAGCAGAUAUCCGACAGAAGACUCAAAUGGCUGGUUGUUCUUGUGCUAUGGCAUACAAAGAAGUCCUUGAGCAUGUUAGCUACGCUCUACAGAAGCCCUCAGCUGAAUCGAAACAAAACAUGGUGAGCGUGUCAAGAAAUGUGGCCACGUCCGUCGCAGAAAUUGUGCAGUGUGCGGAAGCUAUCAAAGCUUACUAUAUCCAAGAUAACGAAGGUGUUGUAGAAGAAAAAUAUAAAACCGACCCUAGUGCAUUACCAUCACCAGAUGGUAAAUUAGGGCCUAAUUGGGUUGAUUACGGUGACCCGACAGUUAUUGCAGAAAAUGAACUCCGUGGUGCAGCAAGCUCAAUUGAAGCUGCUGCCAAAAAACUUGCCCAGCUGCAGCCCCGUCAAGCUGCGAAAACAGCUGACGAGAGCCUGGGAUUCGAAGAACAGAUUCUGGAAGCAGCGAAAUCGAUUGCAACUGCAACAGCUGCCCUCGUAAAGUCAGCGUCAGCUGCACAGAAGGAACUAAUACUCCAAGGAAAGGUGUCCGCUUCAUACUCAAAGUCUACCCUGGACGAAGAUGGCCAGUGGUCUCAGGGCUUAAUUUCUGCAGCUCGCCGCGUGGCAGCUGCAACACAAAGCCUGUGUGAGGCUGCUAAUGCAAUGGUGCAGGGUCAGGCAAGUGAAGAAAAAUUAAUUGCAUCAGCGAAGGAAGUUGCUGGUUCGACCGCUGCCCUCUUGGUGGCAUGCAAAGUGAAGGCUGACGUCGGUUCAAUCUCAAUGCACAGAUUGCAGGCGGCAGGAAAUGCAGUGAAGAAGGCGUCAGAUGCAUUAGUCCAAGCAGCACAGCAGUCACAGAGCUUCGAAGCUGAUGAAGAUGAGUUGACCAUAAAUAAACGAAUGGUUGGAGGUAUUGCACAGGAAAUUAUGGCGCAGGAAGAAAUUCUGCGAAAAGAGAAAGAGCUUGACUCAGCUCGGAAACGCUUGGCUGAGAUUCGGAAAGCUCGCUACAAGGACAAACCUCCAGAGGAUUACGACUCCUCCUCUUCAUUUUAAACUAAUCAAAAAAAAACACUUAACGAACUUCAAAGAAAAAAAAAAGAAAAAAA